AUCAACGAUGGUGAAGGAAAUAAAAGACAUUCGCGGCAAAUAAACGUCAUUUUUCAAAAGAAAUCGGCAUUAUUCUUUGCACCAUUACUUUUCGGCAUGGUUUCUCAAGCUUCGAAGAGUGAUCUGAAUAUAAAUGCGUCACGCGAAAAAUGUGUGUGCGCCCAACAUGGCUUAAACUAUUAUAAAGUUUUGUCGUUGGGGACAAAUUGUGACAAUACGGAAAUUAAGGAAGCAUAUCGACGAUGCGCUAUACGAUACAAUCCCGUCCAGCAAAAGAACCAAGGUGCAGAGGCGAUUUUCGCCUUAGCAGCUGAAGCGUACGACGUGCUCUCGGAUCCUCUUAGAAGGGCCGUGUAUGAUCAAUACGGUGAAGAGGGUCUUAAAAAUGGUGUGCCGAGACCAGAAGGAUUCGUGAAACCUUACGUUUAUCACGGCGAGCCGAUGCAAACCUUUAGAGAAUUCUUUGCGACUGAAAAUCCGUACGACGAUCUUCUAAAUAUUCUAACAGAGCCUCAACCCCUACUUGAAUUUCCCGAGGGUCGGGGUGUAAAGCGGAAGGAAAAGCCCUUGAUUAAAACCCUAUUUCUAACUCUGUCGGAAGUAUUUUUUGGCGGAAUAAAGAAAAUGAAGAUCCAGAAGUUGGUUUUAGUCGGUGACGAUAAGUCGACGACGUUGUCGAUGGAGAAGAUCUUGACGAUACCCAUUAAGCCGGGAAUCCCAGCAGGUACCAGAAUAGUAUUUCCAGAAGAGGGUGAUCAAGGACCUGCGAAGAUACCCGCGGAUGUUAUCUUCGUCACGGAGGAUCGGCCUCACGAAACGUUCCGGCGAGAGGGCUCGGACUUGCACACGACGGUCGAUAUCUUUCUGAGGGAGGCGCUGACCGGAACGGUGAUCACGCUCAACACCGUCGACGACAGAACUCUUCGGAUUCCAAUAACGUCAAUCGUUGCGCCAGGUUACACCAAACGUGUGCCAGGCGAGGGAAUGCCAUUCCCCGCAAAUCCGAAGCAAAAGGGCGAUCUAAUAAUGUGGUUCAACAUCGAGUUUCCAGUUUAUUUGCCGUUGUCCAAUAAGAACUAUAUUAAGAGAGCCUUCGAGGUAUCUCGUACGGGCGUCGAGAAUGCCGAGUACGUUCAUCGCCUGAUAUUGGACAACAAAAUGCGCAGAAAUGUCGACGACGAUGUUCCACUUCGACGUGGAGCGGAUGAUGAAGCGGAUCGAUUGAAAUUCAUAUACAUGGUUUGCGCGCGAAUCCUCCCUUUUGACAUCACAGACCAAAAUAGUCUGACGCUGGUAUCGUUGACCCUUAAAUGCACGACGCGAAUACACCGAUAUCAGCGGACCUGUUGUGACUUCAAAGAGACCGCUUGCUUUGACGCAAUCUAACGGGUGUCUCCAUCUUGCGGGAUCUACUGAUGAUUCAGCGAAAGCCGUCAGUCGGUAGUUCAUGACUUUUCAUGAUUUAUAAUUAUUCUUGGAAAAAUCUAUACGCACGGAGAAAAAAAAUACUGCACAU